AUGGAGCUGAGCUUGGACAACCUGGGCGGGCUGGCGCAUCCGCAGGCGGCCGGGGAGCUGCUGAGUCCAGCCCACGCGCGGCCCGGCCCACAUCGAGGCCUGGUGGGGGGACCGGCCCGGCCGGCUAUGGUAUCCGGCGUGGCCUCGCUGCUGGAGAGCGGCGCUGCUGACUACCGGGCCGAGCUGGCCGCCCCGCUGCACCCAGCCAUGAGCCUGGCCUGCGACUCACCCGGCCCGGCCCUCAGCCUCAGCGGCUCUUACACUACCCUCACGCCGCUCCAGCAUCUGCCGCCCAUCUCGGCUGUCUCCGACAAGUUCCACCCGCACCCACCCCCGCACCCACACCACCACCCGCACCCGCACCACCCAGCGGGUCCCCCGCCCCACGGAGCCCACCCCCACCAGCGUCUGCCCGCAAACGUCAGCGGCAGUUUCACCCUCAUGCGCGACGACCGGGGGCUGGCCUCCGUGGGCAAUCUCUACGGCCAUUAUGCCAAGGACGUGCCGGCUAUGGGGCAACCGCUGAGCCCCCUAGCCAACGGGCUGGGCCCCCUGCACGGCGGACAGCAGCCGCCGCCGCCGCCGCCACCGCCUCCGCCGCCCCCGCUGGCUACCUACGGCACCGGGCCGCACCUGGCCGGGGAAAAGAUGUUGUCCGCGGCCGCCUUCGAGCCGCACGCGGCCAUGCUGGCCCGGGCUGAGGAUCCGCUGGGCCGCGGCCUCGGGGCACCCGGAGCGGGUCUGAUGGCGCCUCUCAACGGGCUGGGAGCGCACGGGCACCACGCGGGUCCCGGUGGCAGCGCCAGCGGCGGAGGGGGACUGUUGGCCGAGCGCGAGCGGCAAGCGGCGGCGGCCGCGUCGGAGAUCAACACCAAAGAGGUGGCGCAGAGAAUCACAGCAGAGCUGAAGCGCUACAGCAUCCCCCAGGCCAUUUUCGCCCAGCGCAUCCUGUGCCGCUCGCAGGGCACCCUCUCCGACCUGCUGCGCAACCCCAAGCCCUGGAGUAAGCUCAAGUCCGGCCGCGAGACCUUCCGCAGGAUGUGGAAGUGGCUGCAGGAGCCCGAGUUCCAGAGGAUGUCGGCCCUCAGACUCGCAGCUUGCAAGCGGAAGGAGCAGGAGCAGCAGAAGGAGCGGACGCUGCAGCCCAAGAAGCAGCGCCUGGUCUUCACGGACCUGCAGCGCCGCACGCUGAUCGCCAUCUUCAAGGAGAACAAGCGGCCGUCCAAGGAGAUGCAGGUCACCAUCUCGCAGCAGCUCGGCCUGGAGCUCAACACCGUCAGCAACUUCUUCAUGAACGCGCGGCGCCGCUGCAUGAACCGCUGGCAGGAGGAGCCCGGCGGCCCCGCCUCCGCCUCGGCCUCCGCCGCCGCCGCCGCGGCCGGCACCUUCUCCAAAGCAUGAGCCCCACCCCCGCCCCGCCCCCGGCACUAGGCCCCGCCCCCGAGCGACCUUGCCCCACCCCCGGGGUGGACGAUACCAUCCUCACUCCUUCCCGGGGGUGGGGGGGAGCCCGACCGGACCCAGGCGGCGUCUGCCACCCCCUCCCCACUUCCCGGGGCACCCUUGGCCUCUGCGUCCUCGGCUCGGGUCCGGGGGACUUCUCCUCGCGGGUUCCCACAGCCGGGCUGUGGAGCCGGGUCCCAGUCCUCAGUCCCCCAUCUCCCCUCCUGGCUCCCGGGCACUGGGGCACAGCUUGCCGGGGGAGGAGGGGAGCUGAACAGAGGCGGAGCCCCAGCCGAGACCCCCACAUCCCCACGCAGAGGUUCCCAUUCCACAGAGGUGCCGAUUACGUGUUCCUUCCAUGGAGGUUCCAAGUCCAAGCUCAACCAACAGAGAUUCCAAUUCUGUUUCACCCUGGAUCCAUCAUGGACCGUGUUUCCCAAGUUACAUGAUUGCAAGCAAGUUGAUGUAUGGUUUUCCUCCCAUUUUCUUUUUUUUUCCUUUUCCCUGUCUUAUCAAAUAUGGUUGUCAUAACAACCAGGGAAGUGGAUGAAGUGGCCAGGAAGGACAGAAGGCAAGCUGGGGAGAAGGAAGAGUCUCUGGAGAGGAGUGGGAGGUGGGGUGGGGAUGAUCAGGUCAAGAUCAAGCCAUUUCAUCCACCUCCCUGCCUCAGCUGCAGCCAUGGCACUGUGCCCCCAUGGAAGUCUCCACACUUUGGACUUGAGAACCAGGUCUGAGUUGGGUCAUUUGUAUGUAUGUAUUUACUACUUUACCUGUUGGACUGUGGUUGGUUUUUUCGCUUUAUUAUCAAUUCACAAGUGUCUUGUUCCAAGGAGAGAGACAAUCAGAUAAUUGGAGUCCUGUCACCCAGGAAUGAGAGGAGGGUAGCCACAGCUGGAGUCAUCUCCAGCCCAGCAAGAUCUCUUCAUGAUUACUCUUCGUUCCUGUUAUUUGGGAUGUUCCACCUCAUCCCACCCCUUCCUUCAAAACUUUGCCCUGGGAUGGAGGUGUGGAGAGAUGGAAAAGUUAGAAUGUGACCUUUAUUGGGAGCAAGUUAUUCCCUCUUUUUCAUCAGGGAUAUCCAGGCUCAGCCUGGCCCAUUGCUCAAGGGGAUGAAAUUGGCCCAAUGGAUCUGAGACACUAGAGUGUGGGAAAAGAGACCAGCAGACUUAGUUCUACUAAUGACUUACUGUGUGACGUUAGGUGAGUCAUUUUCCCUAAAACUCAGCUUCAUUUUCUUUACCCAUAAAAUUGAGGUGGAGAUUAACCAGACAGUCUCAAAAGUUCCCCUUGUCUUCUUCCUGACUACCAGUCCCCUCAGUCUGGAAGACAUCUCCAGGGGCUACUAUGUCUUGCUCCCCCCCCCCCUUCCCCUCCCGGUUUCAAGUAGAUACGUCCCCGGGUCUGAGCCGGGAUCUUGAGGAAUUCUAAGAGCUCCCUCCUUCAUUACCCAGUUCCAGGAUUUGGUUUUCCAUCUCUUCCCAGCUCCCAAAAGUCACAUUCUAGGAACAAUAUUCAGUUCCAUCUGGGAUAGAAAAAAAGUGGUUCCUAAGGCACUUCCCGCAUCAGCCUGAGACAGCUUUGCCCAGAUUCAGGCAGCCCAUCACAUUCUUUCUGCACUUUAUGUCCUUCACAGCAAUUUUUUUCCUAUCCAAAUUCUUAGGUGAUUUUCAGUUGAUAGAGAAAUGUAGCUGAAAAGGUGACGUGAUUCUCCCAAAGUAAUAUAGCCAUUGAGAAGGGUCUUCUGCCCCCAGCCUCCCUCAGAGAUUUGGAGAAAAUGCCCACUUUUUCACCUUCUAAAACCCAAUUUUGUUCCCUAUAAUUGAAUCAAGAAAAACAAGAUUUCACAAAUCAGUAUCCAGCCCUGGCCAAGUCUGACUUUCAGUAAGAAAAUCUUGUCUUCAUUAGGCUUUUCUCAUCAGUACCUUCUUGGUCUGUUCUGGGGCAGCUUUGUGCAGCGCUGGGUGCUAAUCCCACAUUAUGGUUGUGAGUCAAUCACUAAACCGCUUUAUGUAAUUUAGUUCCUUCCUUUAAAAUGAAUGAGUUGGGUGCUAUCCUAAAGGCCCAGAAGUGCAGAAGGAACUAUCCCAGAAUAAGAAUGGGCUGCCUCAGGAGGAAGUAGGUGUUUCAUCAUGGCAGGUCUCUGAUGGAAUCGGAGGCCUAUUUAUCAAGGUUGUUGUAUGUGGAGGGGGCAAGGCAAAGAGGUAGAUCAAAGGACCUUUUAGGCUUUUCUUGGUUCUGACAGUGGCCUAAGAGGCCUUCCUUCGAGUAAGGAAUUCCAAGGAAUCUGGGCCUCAGUGAGCAGAGGGAUAAUCAUCCCACUGGAUGGGAGUGAUCUAUUGUCACCUUCCCCAAUGCUCGGGGCCACCCAGCUCAUCCUGAUCUUGCUCUCUGCCCUCCUUGGAGUUUCUCAAGAGAUGACCAGAACUUCUCUUUCCAAGGGCAACUGGAGGUGCUCCCUCCUCCCCUUCAUCUCAGGCCAGAGACAAAGCAGUCCCUUUCUGAGGCAACAGGACCCUUCUGGCACUCCCACUAUGUAGAGAGAUCACAGAACUGGAAGCUGCUCUCUAGGGAUAUCUAAUCUACAGGAAUGCUUAGGAAAUUCUGGCUGCAUUUAAUAGGAUGGGGCCUAGGGAGCUCGAAGACCUUCCCUCUAGCUUCUGCUCUCCAAGCCUUUUUCCUUUGAGGCUCAUUUCUUCUCCCCACUUCCCUUAAUCCAGCCCUGGAGAUCAACUUCAUUCAGGAUUUUAGGGAUGAUGAAUUAAAAAAACAAGAGAACCCCAUCAGUGGGGACUAAGUGCAUAUAAAUGUAGGGUUGGAAUGGAAGCAAUCCUUAAGAUGAUCUCUUGUAAAAAAGGGAGAGAAAGGGGGAAAAGCCUUGUGAAAGGCCUUUCUGAAAACAAAUCUUGAGUCUUUGCAUAGUCACCUUCCCUAGGGGAAGGAAUGGUUCAUGAGUUCACAGCACAACUUCCAGGACAUGAGCCCCCUCUCCAAUAGGAAAGGAAGGACUUCUCUGGGGAUGGAGACAGCAUUGCUUCUCACUAUCCUCAACCUGUCUACCUUUGGACCCCCCAGUUCUCCAUGUGCCUGUGGCUCUUAACCAGCCAGAAAGCAAAGAUUUUUCCUACUGGUUAUGACAAUCUUAGUAUCCUUUUUCAGAGAGAGAGAGUUCUUAGUCCCCAAAGAAGGCUUUAGGGAUUAGGGGAAACCCUUUGAGCUGGGUAAUUCAUUGAGGGCUGAUUGCAAAGUACCCAGUUUCUAGGGAGAGAGGGCCAAGUUCUCAGAAGCUUUGGGUAUGUUAAGUGCCAGGUGGGCAGAGAAAGAGAAAAAAACAGGGUGAGGGUUAUUGCUGCCAACCUCCAGGACACCAUGGAGAACAUCCAGGGAAGACAAAGAGGCUGGCAGGGCCAGGACCCAGAAGAGAGUGGAAGUAACUCUUAGUGAUACCCAUCCCAGGGAGGUAUGAAAUGAGAGGCUGAGUGUUCAGGGCAUUCCCGUCAGAAUAGGAAAUGGCUUUCAGGUUCAAAGCCCUUCUGCCCUGGCCCAAAGAUCAACUCUGCUAUUUAAGAGCUAUCUGACCUUUGCCAAGAUUCUUCCCCUUCUUGAACCUCAGUUUCCUCAUCUGUAAAGCAGGAGAGGCAAAAGAUCUUUAAGAGUCCUCUGCUAGCUCUAAAUCUAUGUUCCUUGGGAUAACCCACCUUAGCCUAAAGUGAGGGAACAUAGAUAGGUGUCAGUUAAGAGAGACCUGCUCAUUUUAGAAAAUGAGGAAACAGCCCUAGAGAGGUUGGUUGCCCUAGGCCGAACAGUUAAUGUUUGAGCCAGGAUUCAAACUUGAGUCUUGUGAACAGUACAGUACUAGGUCCAAUCUCUCAAAACUCCAGACCAAUGGCUGGGAAUCAGGUUAUCAGCUCUGUCCUUCUCCUGAGUCAUUUCCAGACUAAAUAGCUGGAUGGAAGGCAGCCAAGCUAGUAACCCAGCAAAGCACAAAUUGGGGGGGGGGCAGGGAUCAGGCCCUGGGGAGGCUGGAUGGGCCUUCACCCUUUCCCAGGGAAACCCUAUCUUUGAGCCACCACCUCCCCCAACUCCUUUUGGUUCCCAUUUCUGAGGGAAGGAUUAGCCUUUGGAAUCAGAGCUGUCCACCCUCCCAGAUAAUCUUAGUUCACUCAGACCCUAACUCCACCAGGGGAAUGUGGGUAAAUUUUUAUUCCUGGAAACUGGAAUCCCAGCUAUGUCAGAAGGAGCCCAGGGGCAGGGGCUUCUCAUUUGGAGUCAGUGGAUAUUGGGUUUAGGAUUCCUGCUCUACCACAUACUACCUACAUGACCUCAGGCAAGUGACUUCAUCAGUCUAAUAGGGUGCUGGGCUAGCUGGCCUCUGACAACCCUGACAGCUCUGGAUCCUGUGACAAGGGAGGGACAGCAGAUGGAGCUGGGGAGAAACAUGGAGCCAGCCCCAUUUCUAGAGAAGAAAACUAGGUCCCUCUUUCCCCAACCCUGGGUGACAGGCUUAAAUUUUUUUAAAAAGAAAAAAAAACACAAACAACUGUCCUCGGUGGGUUCAUUUUUGCUGUUCACUGCUCUGUUGGGUUUUGUCAUUUCUGUUUUCUUCAAUAAAUUAUUUUCUAGUCACUCA